AUGGAUGUUGAAUUAACAAAUGAGUCUGAAGAAUUAAUUCAAACUCUUGGUAAUCGUAUUGAAGAAAUUGAACGUACACUUUAUGAUGAUGAAGAUUUUUGUAAUAAAGAUAUUGAUGCAACAUAUCAAGCUGGUUUGAAUUAUUUAAAAAAUUUUCAAGAAAAAUUUCAUGAAAAAUUAAAUGAACUUAAAAUAAAACUUGAACAAAUACGUGAAGAAAAUCUUCAAAUAUCAAAACAAAAUAAAAAACAAUUUGAUGAUGAACUUGAAAUAAUUAAUCAAUUAUUUUCUUCAGGAAAACAUCAAGAAGCUGUAGAAAAAUUUCAAGAUUAUGAAAAACGUUUUGAACAACGAAAAACUCUUAUUAAUAAUAUACCGAAAUUAUUUAUAAAAAAUAUUGAUAUUCAACAAUAUUUUUCAUUUGAUAAACCAUUAAGUAUUUCUCAAACUUCAUCAAAUGAUAAAAAUCGAAAUUCAUUAGAUCAUAUAAAACCAUUGAUGAAACCAGAACAUUAUACACAAAAAUCUAUUGAAUCAGAUUAUACUAAAUCCGAAGAUGAUGAUAAUAAUGAAAAAGACAUCAAUAAAUCAUCGUCCGUUAUUCAACCGAAACGUUUCGAUACUCAACGAAGUUUAUCAAAUUAUAAUUCUAUAAACAAAGAAUCCAAAUCUCCUAUAUCACCUGCUACAGCACGUCUUAUGCGAUUCAGUACACGAUUACCACCAUCACCAUCACCUAGUAGCAAGAGUCUACCAGUGACUGAACAUGAUACAGUUACUCCUUCAUUGUUACAUAGUAAUAGUUUAAAUUCUGGUCGAAAUAUUCCUAAUUAUACACAAGUACGACCAAUACCAUCUUCACCAAAUAUCAAUUCAUCAUUAAAUCAACGUCAAAUAUCAACUGUGAAAAGUAGCAAAGGAGAAUUAACUCUAACUUAUGUUGCACAUUAUGAACAUGAACGAAACACAUCUAUACUUAUGACAUGUAAUACAGACUAUAUAAUUCUCUGUCGAAAUCGUUCUAAUCAAUUAUUUUCAUGGUAUUUAAGUGCUAUUGAUCGUUCAAAUCUUCAAGAACAACGUUUAGAUUGGCAUGAUCAUUUAAUUAAUUCAAUAGGUUUUAUUAAUAAAAAUCAUCUAUAUAUAUUUAGUGAACAUUAUUUUAUAAUAUAUUCAUUGGAAUCAAAUUCACAAACUCAUUCAUUGAUAUUACCAAAUGAUAAUAAUAAUCAUAAUUCUGAAUUAAAUGAUCAAAAAUAUUGUAUUGGUACUAUAUAUGAUAAAUAUAUAUAUUAUAUUUAUUUAAAUAUUAAACAUGAAUGGAUAUUAUCAAUAUUUGAAUUUGAAACAAAAAAUCAUUUAUAUGAUUAUAAUUUAACAGAAAAUUUUCCUAAAGUUAAACGUUUUAUACAUAUAUGUGUUAAUAAUAAAAAUAUAUGUUUUCUUGUUGAAAUGGAUGGUUCACAAUAUGCUGUUGUAUUUUGUUCAUAUAAUAAUCAUUUAAUAAAAUCAUUAAAAGAACAAAUUUCAUUAUUUUAUGCUGGAAAUCCAUUAACAAUAUGUUCAAUAUAUAUAAGUUAUAUACAAAAAUAUAUUUUUUUUAUAAAUGAUCCAUCAGCUAAAAUAAUUCAUAUAAUAACAAAUGAAAAAUAUUUACAAUCAUAUUCAAUAAUUGCUCAUGCUUUUUAUUAUAUAAAUGAAAGCCAAGAAUUAAUAUUAACAUCAAAUGAUGGUAUAUAUUCAAUUGAUAUACAUGAACAAAUGAAAUUUUUUUCAAAAUUUCAUUAA